UUUAACUCGCUGUUCGAGGCGGCCUGGGACAGCGGUGGGCUGGGGGUCCAGGCGUUUGCGAGUGGCACCAGGUACCAAUCGCUGCGCUCCGCUGAGCGCUGGCUCUUGCCUCGGAUCGGGCGCGUGUGGAGUCUGGGGACCCGCGGCGACAGACUCGAGGACUUGGGUCCUGCAGAGUCCGCCGGCUCUUGGGAAGGGCCAGAAAAACGAUUUCAUUGGAGACACCCCAGGGGCAAGUCUCGCAGCAGGAGGCGAGCCUAACCCGGGGACUCAGAAAGCUGUCACCUCUCUCCGGAGGCAAGACCCGUGGGUGGCUGGCGUUUUAAGCUGGAACCGGUUCCCAGACCGGGGGCCUCGGCAGGAUGCGCGGGCCACUGCUGGGUUUGUGUUUGCGGGGAAGGUGACGGGUAGAGUUUCUGCCUGGAUGCUUUGUGUGCGCCAGGACGCGGCCGGGAGGCGGCUGCGCUGGGGAGACCCGCGCGCGCUGGCUCACCUGGGUUUUCAGAGGACAGAGGAAACGGAGACAAAGGGACAGAACGCGGGGCGGGGGCGGCUGUGGGCCGCGGGAACCCGCGGACCCACCAGCCCUAAGCCAGACUUCUCAGAGAGAUUGCGUUCGUUUGUAGAACAAAACUGAAAGUGCGGCCGGUGCGUGGGGACACUCGAGCGACGCGCCUGUGUGCUCUAAAACGUACUGACCCGCGUCGGUGCCCGGGGCUCAUGUCGGAGGAGUGCGGGCGGCCUGCAGCCCUGGCGGCCGGGAGGACCCGCAAAGGCGCCGGGGAGGACGGAGGACUGGUGAAUCCUGAGGGAGCUGGGGACGAGGACUCCUGCUCCUCCUCGGCCCCGCUUUCCCCGUCGUCGUCGCCACAGUCCAUGGCCUCGGGCUCCGUCUGCCCGCCAGGCAAGUGUGUGUGCAGUAGCUGCGGCCUGGAGAUUGUGGACAAAUACCUCCUCAAGGUGAAUGACUUGUGUUGGCACGUCCGCUGUCUGUCCUGCAGUGUCUGCAGAACCUCCCUGGGAAGGCACACGAGCUGUUAUAUUAAAGACAAAGACAUUUUCUGUAAACUCGAUUACUUCAGACGUUAUGGGACACGGUGCUCUCGCUGUGGCAGGCACAUCCACUCCACGGACUGGGUGCGCAGGGCCAAGGGCAAUGUCUAUCACUUGGCCUGCUUUGCCUGCUUUUCUUGCAAGAGGCAGCUGUCAACUGGGGAGGAGUUUGCCUUGGUGGAAGAGAAAGUCCUCUGCAGAAUGCAUUUCGACUGCAUGCUGGAUAAUUUAAAAAGAGAAGUGGAGAAUGGUAAUGGAAUUAGUGUGGAAGGAGCCCUGCUCACAGAACAAGAUGUCAAUCAUCCAAAGCCAGCCAAAAGAGCUCGGACCAGCUUCACAGCCGAUCAGCUCCAGGUUAUGCAAGCACAGUUUGCUCAGGACAACAACCCAGACGCACAGACCCUCCAGAAACUGGCAGAGCGGACGGGCUUAAGCCGGCGUGUCAUACAGGUAUGGUUUCAGAACUGCAGAGCCCGCCACAAGAAACAUGUCAGUCCGAAUCACUCCUCCUCUGCUCCUGUCACGGCGGUCGCCCCAUCCAGGCUGUCUCCACCCAUGUUGGAAGAAAUGGCUUACUCUGCCUACGUGCCCCAGGAUGGGACGAUGCUGACCGCGCUGCAUACUUACAUGGAUGCUCACCAACAACUCCUGGACUCCAGCCCUUGUUACCCUAUACAAUGACCCAGCUGCCAAUAAGUCAUACCUAUUUCCUUUUUUCAGGGAUAGAAAUGAUUGAGGAUAUAGACUUGUCAUUUAUUAUGUAUAAAAUACCAUUGAAAAAGAUAUUAAUGUUAAUUUUUUAUUUAACACCCAAAGCAUUUCAAACAUCCUUUCGCUGCCCAGGUAUGUAUCAGUAGUUGGCCUGCAAGACACUUUUAUUGAUUCUUCAUUUUGUUUUUUUGUAAAACUUAUGUUUACAAGAAGAAAACAAGUCAGAACAUUUUUUUGUAUUGUCUGGAAAUAGUUGGCUCUAGUGUGUAUCUGUUAAUUUAUUUGUCAUCAGAAGAGCACUUUGCCUAAAAGACUGGACUGAUAAUGUGCAAAAUGUUUACAAUCCUUUGUGAAACUGUAGUUUAUCAUUAGUUUGUACCUGUAAGUUAUUGUUAUAAAUAUUAUCUGUAUUUUUUGUUAUAUACAACUUUAUACCUUGAAGCUUGUAUCUGUGAAUUUGCAACUGAAAUUGAUUUUGACGGUGUUUUCGGGAUGAGCUGAGAGCGCGUCUGUUGUAGCAUGCCGCACACCCACGGCAGUGCCUGCACUUGGAGAGCUGUAGCUGUAAAUACACUCUAGUUGAUGAAGCCACCAUCCUAAGUUCAUUAAACCCUUGCCAUCCUUGUGAAAGUCGCAGCCAACUUGUCUCCUGUGUGUGUUAUCACCAGUAAAUUGCUCCUGAUCUUUUUUCAAAGCCAUUUUGUUUUGAGCUGGGACAUGAGUAUACUUUAUUGGGAAACCUAUUUGUAGAUGAUUAUACUUAACAAAAAACAAACAAACCCACAUGAAAACA